AUGCUCUUCCCUGCAACUCUCCAUCACCUCCUAUUGGUAGGGGUCUGUCUCUGCGUCUACAGCACCCCAGUCCCGCCCCUCCACGACUGCGCACCCGCCUCACAGGACAGUGGCUGUGAUGGACAAGCUGGGGAGCCAAUGGAGGGAGAGCCCUGUGUAACACCAGCAACACCUGUCAGUGUGACAUCAACAAGUGUCCAAUCUGGGCCCUCUGAUCUCGACAGACUGUCCUAUGGGAUGGCAGAACAUAUGACUGGCAGCUGGACUGACCUAUCAGAGAAUAUUGGAGCAGGGGGAGGCACUGGCCCUGAUGUGAUGGGACGCAAACCAGGGGGGAUAGAGCCGGUGACGCAGGCACGGAACGUGGACAGUCAUGAGGGUAUAUCUGAACCGGGAAGGGCUAAGAGCCAGGGGAGGGAGGCAGAGACAGGGGCUGCCUCUGAGAGCUUCUUUGAGGGGAAGGAGACUCACAGACUGCCUGUAGAAGCUCCAGAACUCUACACAGACAAAGAGAUGAAAGUAGGGCCCGAAGAGGAUCCUAUGGAGGAUGUACCUACUGUCACCACUGGGGCCAUGAUAGCUUCCCUAGGAGAGAGGCAAGGGAUGACGGUGGCCAUGAAAACACCCAGAGCUGCUCUACAUGGUGCUUCCACAGCAACCAGAGCCCCACAACCAGACAGCCAGACAGGGACGCACCUUGCUGGGGAGAGAAGAGACCUCAUCCUGGAAGAGAGGCCAGAUCUCCAUGGAGGAAAGGAAGGGGAACUCAGAGAGAGCUUUCCCGACCUUGGAGCUCCUCUUCUGGGGCAGGAGACAGAGACGACCAGACCGAGCUCCUCAUCUCCCCAUAGUAUCCUUACAAACUCCCCAUUGACCUCCAUCCCUCCGUCAGUAUGGAGAUCCAGCAGAGACGAUUCAUCACUGCCCCCUAGUGGUCUGGAGGCCGCUGGCCCUGCAUCUCCACACCCCCAAGAUGGAGAGACAGCGUUUGCUCUCCCAGACCCCCUCCUGCCCGACCUUGGACCAGCCCUGACAGGAUCCUCCAGACAGGAUGACCCUGACAGCCUCUGGACUGAACCACUACAGCAAAAUGGAGCCGUCGAUGCCAGUGCCCCUCCCAUGCAGGACGCGUCCACAGAGGGCACGAUGUCAUCGGAGGACCUCCCUCUCAUCUUUGAGCCCUUUGAUGAUGUCACACCUGAAGGGGCGGGGGUAGCGACAGCCUCUCUCGCGCCCAGCAACUCACAGCUGUCUGUCUCCAUGGCUACCACGGGGAUGCUACUGUCAGAGGUGGAGUUCGACCAGGUGGACACAGGUGACACGGGGCCAUCCCGUGUCCCACCCCUGGUGCUACCAGAUUGGACUUCGCCAUGGCAGACAUCCGGGGCUGAGAUCUCUGAGCCUAUCUGCCCCUCUGGUCCACCCAUAGACCCUCCCCCUUCAGAGACAGAACAGCCAGGUGGUAGUGAGACCAUACAGAACCCAGAGGAAACCCCGCCCACCUCCGAACCCAACCCUACAAGCAUCGCCUCCCAGCAGACCACCAUGACAACGGUCACCAAGACAACCAAUCUGCCUGUGGUCAAAUCAGGUCUGGAGGAACUGGAGUCUGAAGUGCGUAGCUGGGUGGAACUGAUCAGAGAAAAGGCAGGGUAUGUGUCUGGGAUGUUGGCCCCGGUGGGCAUUGGCAUCAUGGGGGCCCUGCUCAUCGUUGGGGCCCUCUACAGCAUCAGGAUGAUCCACCGUAAGAGGAGGAACAGCUUCAAACACCAGCGUAGGAGGAAGGCCAGGCACACUGAGCAACCCAGGGAGCCAAGCAGCAACGGCCAGGACCAAGCCAUGCUAUUGGCUGACAGCUCUGAGGACGAGUUCUGA